CACCUGAGCUGCACUAUCCCAUGGUCCACGCCCCCUCUCCCCUCUCUCCCCACCUUUUUCCUCGCAUCCCUAACUCCCAGCAUACUUGUCCUCCCCUUCCUCCCAGCCCAGAACCAUCACUCAUCCUCUCUUUUCUCUUUCAGCCACUCUUCAGCUUCUGCCCCGGCUGGUGCUCCUUCAAGGUACCUCUGAAGCCCCAUCCCUGUCUAUGCAGCCCGAGAAGCCGGAGUACCUCCCCGGAGACAUUGUGGAGAUGACAUGCACCGCUCCCACUUCGGUGGCUGGAAUCCAAGGCUUCCAGUUCAACAACGGUAUUGGGAAGUCUAUCUCAGUCACCGCUUCCUCCACGACAAGUGAGACCUACAACCUGAGCCUCGCGGGGUCUCAGGACGGGGGGUUGUACCAUUGCAGAUACUCGCUGAUGCAAGGUGGUUCUCAGAUCACAUCCAGCUGGAGCAAUAAGAUCCCCAUCAGAGCGAGAGAUUACCCUCCCUGGCCGGUGCUGACUGUGGAUCCUCCAUUUGGAGUGGUGAGAGACGGGCUCCCGCUGAUUAUCACCUGCACGGCCCCGGACAAUCUUGGAGAACGGCGGUUUCACUUCUAUAAGGACGGAGGCAAUUUCUCCCUUGAGGACAUGGGGCUGGAAGGCAACGCAGCAGAGACAAGGGCCAGCUCUCAGAAGCUCAACAUCCCCCAGGCUGGUCCCGACAGCGCCGGGGAAUUCGCCUGCGCGUACGAAGAGAACAUGAACGGGAGGUGGCUUCUGUCCUCCAGGAGCUUGGCUGUGAACGUGACUAUGACAGAGCGCAGCAAUUUCUGGGUCUGGCACCUGGCUUUGUGUGGAUUCUUCUUCGCCAUGAACAUCCUCCUCUUCCUCCUCUUCCACCUCUACAUGAUGAGGGAAGGUCACAAGCCCACACAGGGCUCGGCUUGAGGCCAAGGGGAGUAUUGCUCGGUCCCAUUUCAGUUGGUCGCCGAUCAGCCCAGACAGUCUGGCCCCGCCACGGCGAG